AAAAAAUAUACAUGGAAUCGUAGUACUACAUUUGUGUCUCACAAAAAAUAUUAUAUUUCUCGUGAAUUUAAAAUUUUGUUUCACAGGUAUCUUGAAUGGAAAAUUUAUUAUAAAGUCUAAGUUCAUGAGCAAGUCCAUGAAAAUAUCCAAUUAAGGCGUUCAGAGAUGAGAGGGAGAGCGCAAGAGAGGUUGAGAUGCCGAAGCGAACGACGCAUACGUAUUCGAGCGAGGACGCUUUGCCGGAAGGCCCUGACUCCGAUCUCUUCGUUUACUACUGCAAGCCUUGCGGCUCCCAUGUUCUCAUCACCGAUACUCAAUUGCAGAAAAUGCCCAAAAGAAAAACAGAUAAUGCAUAUGUUUUGGACAGGAAGAAGCAUCUGGCUAGGCUGAAUACUAGCGAAGCAGGAAAGAUCCUCUUGAAGCGUGGCGAAGGGAAAGUGGAGAGGCAGUAUCGAAUGAAUUGUGUGGGCUGUGAGCUUUUUGUUUGCUAUCGUGCAGAAGAAGAUCUGGAGUCUGCUUCGUACAUAUACGUAGUUGAUGGUGCACUCAGUACAAUUGCUGCUGAAACUAAUCCACAGGAUGCUCCUGUUCCACCUUGCAUAUCCCAAUUAGAAGGGGGUCUUGUGCAAGUAGCCAUAGAAGUGGAAGACCGUGCACAGCGUUCUGCAAUCACAAGAGUGAACGCUGAUGACGUUCGAGUUUCUGUAGCUGCAGUUGCUGCCCGAGGAGAAGCUAACAAUGAGCUUUUGGAAUUCAUGGGGAAGGUGCUGGGUCUAAAAUUAAGCCAGAUGACACUUCAACGAGGGUGGAAUAACAAAUCAAAGCUCCUGGUGGUAGAAGAUAUGACAGCUAGACAGGUCUACGAGAAGCUUCUCGAAGCAGCACAACCAUGAGAUACGCAUUUGAGGAAAACUUUUCGACUCAAUGGCUUGGCUACUUCUGCAUGUUUUAGUAGACUUCUUCAACUGCAGAUGUUUCCUCUCUCUUGUCAUGUAACAUGUUUGAAUUUGAGGAAUAUGUUGUUUCAAACCCAAGAGUUUUGGACAUGCCUCAAUUCGAUAACAGAGAACUAGAAAUUCUAUAAAUUCGCCCAAAUGUUCCAAUUA